UUCUUCGUCAAAAUAGAAGCGGCAUGCAUUAGAGGAAGACGAAGCAGUGUUCGGCAGACUUGUUAUCAAUCAUGCCGAGAGGAAAAGCUGCAGCGGCAAGUGGUGGAGCUAAAAAGCCCAGAGGACCUAAAGCUCAGAAAUUGCCAGACUCAUUUGCACCUGGAACAAUUCUAAGAGACCUACGCAAAAAGGAAUGGCAACUUGGGAAGGAGAUUGGGCAGGGAGGAUUUGGUCUCAUUUAUCUGGCCAAUGAAAUUGGAUGUCCAGUGGAAGCAAAUGCUCCAUAUGUUGUAAAAAUUGAGCCACAUUCCAACGGACCAUUGUUUUGUGAACUCCAUUAUUAUCAAAGAGUGGCAAAAGCAGACAUGAUUGAAUCAUGGAAAAAAGAAAAGAAGCAAAAAUAUCUUGGAGUGCCAAAGUUUAUUGCCACUGGUUCAUAUAUACGUGACAACACACAGUUCAGAUUCAUGGUCAUGGAGAGGUUUGGCUCAGAUGUACAGAAGCUAUUUGAAGGUGCAGGGAAACGCUUUGAAACACAUACAGUGUACUGCCUGGCACUAAGGAUGAUUGAUGCUUUGGAGUAUAUACACCACAAUUCUUAUGUCCAUGCAGACAUCAAGGCAUCCAAUAUGUUACUUGGGUUUAGUGCAGGCAAACAACAACCUAAUGAGGUUUUCUUAGUGGACUAUGGCCUUGCUGUCAAGUAUGAGAAAGAUGGUGUACAUAAACCAUAUAAAGAGGACAAAAGGAUGGCUCACGAUGGUACCAUUGAAUUCACAAGUACUGAUGCUCACCUUGGUGUAGCACCAUCACGUCGUGGUGACAUGGAGAUUUUGGGUUUCUGUCUGCUACAGUGGCUGUGUGGCCGUCUUCCAUGGGAAACCAACCUGGCUAACAGCGACUUUGUAGCUGCGGAGAAGUUUAAAUACACCAAAAACAUCGCCAGUUUGAUGAAGGUCUGUUUUAGUGAUGGAAACAUUCCUGAUGAAGUACAAAAGUACUUUGAAAUGGUUGAGAAAUUACGAUAUGAAGAAUGCCCAAACUAUGACGGCAUGAGGAUGAUAUUUAGAAGAGGUCUUAAAAAUCUUGGAGUAAAAGAUGAAUGGAAACUAGAUUUACCCCUCAGCGGCCCUAUCUCACCAAAGAAAGGAAUAAAACGGAAAAGUACAGGAGUUGAGGUGUCUGCUUCCAAACCUAAACAAAAAGCUGUGGCUAAGACUUCAUCUGCUGCUAAACAAAGGGAAUCUACACCCAAGAGGAAAGUAGCAGCUACCAGUAGGAAAAUAUCAGGGGUCCAGUCUCCAAAGGUUGUGACAUCUCCUAGGGCUGUGGCAUCUCCCAGAACUGUGGCAUCUCCUAGAAACAUGGUGUCUUCAAAGGGAAUUAUCCCGGGCAACCCAACUAGGACUCCUAAAUCACCAACAGGGGCUGCUAUUAGGAUGAAAUCACCAGUUACCAUCAAUAGUGGAGGCAAUAGUGAUAGUCACAACAACAAAGAGACGUGUGAAGAGGAGGAAAGUUGUAACAGUAGAUGUGAGCAUGCAGACUUCUCCACCCUGAGAACAAAACAAGAAAAAUAAUGUUAUAAUGGACUUGAGUGUGCUGCUAACUUGUCCACCCUGAGAACUAAACAACUGGAAAAGAUUGUUACAAUGGAUAUCAGCAUGCUGAUAUUGCUGCCAAACCUGCACUACUAUGUCAUAGAAGGGACAUAACUCUUGAGUAUCAUCUACAUUUCUUCAUGGAAGUUUAUGAUGACUGUUCAAACAGUGUAGAUUAUGUGCAUGUCCAAUUCUGAUUUGUCGUCAUAUGGUUAU